GCUCGUACUUCUUCCGGGUUAGGGCUCUCUCUCGCUCUCUCCGGCGUGGUGUUUGGAUUUGUGUGCCCUCUCAACAUGUGUAAGUAAAAAACAAGUGGAAAAGAAGAUGAGUUCUCAGAAAGGCAACGUGUCUCGGUCCAGAGCCCAGAAGCAUCAGAACAGCGCUGCGUUCAAAAACGACAAGUACGGAGCGACUGUACAAGUGAAGAAAGCUAAAUCAAAGACCCACGAUGGGCUCUGUCAACACUGUAAGGGUGUUCUUGAGUGGAAAGUGAAGUACAACAAAUACAAGUCACUUACACAGCCUCGAAAAUGCGUCAAGUGUUCUCAGAAGACUGUGAAGGAUGCGUAUCACAUCAUUUGUAAGCCAUGUUCCCUUCAGCUAGAGAUCUGCUGCAAGUGUGGGAAGAAAGAAGAUAUCGUUAUUCCAGUAAACUCAGAGGUGGACGAUAAAGAGCAAGAAGAAGAUGGUGAACAGAAAAAGAAAGGACGUGGACGAGGGAAGAAGGACAUGGAUGGCUUGGACAGUGAUGAUGAUGAUGAUGAUGAUUAUGAUGAUGAUGAUGAUGACUUAAAUGACCUCAGAGAUAGUGAUGAUGAUACGGGAGAGGAUUCAGAACCAAAGAAGACACAGGACAAGUCCGAUGUCCUCCCAGAUGUUUCCCGAGUCAGCUUUAAAGACUAAAGACAGUUACAGGGUUCUUGUGGGCUUUUUUUUAACUUCACAUACAUACAAAACAAGUUUUCCAAUCAAGUACAGUAUGAAGAAGUUGAGAAGACAAAAGCUACCUGAUGAUUCAGGAAUAUUUUUGAUGACAUUUCAUUUUUUAUUUAAAGGGCCUUAUAUACCAUGAAUGAAGGUGAAUGGGCUGUACAAUGUACUGGAAACCCUGUAUCUCCAUAUUUUGUUUCGUUUCAUGACUCUGCUUGACCUGAAUGGAAUGGGACCUUAAAUAGUAUAAUUAACAAUCCCUGUGUUUACCCUACUAAUUCAUGUCAAAAUGGUUGCUGUGUUUAUUUCACAAUAACCUAAUAGUGGCCUUGAAGUAUCAGCAGCACUAAAAGCAGAAGUAGAGGCGUUGGCAGGGUAUCAGGAACUGACUGAAAUGUUAACCGUCAUGCAUAUGCCCAGCUAUAACUAAUGCAGUCUAAUAGCACAGUCCUGCAAUAAAUCCUACAUUUACAGAGGUUGUGAUCGGUUUUUAUUGUUGAGAGGUGUUUAUUUAACUUUUGAUACUUUUGGAGGCUGUAGUUUAGGAUUCUGUUGAAUUGUGUUAUAAAGAGAAGUGUUUCUAAUAUUUUGGCCUCUGCUUUUAUCUAAAGAGCGAGCUGGUCCUCUCCUUCAAAAGCUGCCAUGUUGAACUGCCAUGUUUCUACAGUAGCACUGGUUCUAGAUAGGACACUGUAGCUUCUCCUUUUUUGGAAGGCUGAGCCGUAUUCAAAUUAUUCACUCUGUUUUGGCCUUGUCUAGCACGUAGACUUUUAUCUUCCCCUCUAGAGUAAAAAAUAAAUAAAAAAUAUAUAAUUGCUUUCCUUUAAAAUGAUUUAUAAAUGUGCAAUCUGCACAUUUUAAAAUGGGGUUUGCCCAUCACCGUUCCUUUUCAUUUAAACUUUAAAGUUUAAAUAAAGUAUAGAUCACCUUUAAAUGCACACACUUUGUUGCUGCAAUUUUUUCCACACAAUAUACUCAACAUACUAUUGUAUACCACAUAGGGACAGUUCUGAUGGUGGUGCUGUUGACAUCCAAAACUUUAAAAGAUCAAUAAAAACUGCUCCAACUUUUCAACUUUCACUAGAAUCUGUCAAAAAUAAUUAAAACUUUCCAAGAAAGGCUGCAACAAGUUUUUUUUUCUGUAGGAUGCUAAAGCAGUCAUGUUCUCAUUUUUUAAAUUAUUUUUAGCUGCCUUUCACAUUUCCCUUCCUCGAGUAACCUGCAGUUACACUGAAAAGUUGAUGUCACCAAGAGAGCGUGUGUUUUCAUUCAUCAUGUGAGGCUGAUAAAUUUAAAAGAAUGUGGCAAUAUUUCAUACUUUACUUCCUUGUUAGAAAGUAUGGGAUGCUAUGACAUGGAUGGAAUCACUGAGCUCAUAGGAUUCCCUAUAGUGCUUAAUAUAUUUCUCACAUGGCUUUGUUCUGCUUAUACACUCGUGACUUAAAGUUCUGUCGUAACUAUGGAUACUGAACUAUCUGAGUAACUGCUGUUAAACCUUCAGUCUAGACUAACGCAGUAAUAACGAAACCCAGCGCUGUUUAUGUUUGCCAUAUUAAGUGACAUCAUAUUGUAUAUCACUCAGUUGCAAGUUACAACUAAUGCAGUCUAAUACAACAGCCCUGUAAUAAAUCCAUGAGGGUUGUGAUGUUCAGUUUUUCUGGUGCUG